CUUCCCGGGCAGCGGGGAUGGAAAGAUCCCAGCUUUGCUCCGGACCGCGAGACUGCGGCUCUCAUGCGGUCUCCCAUUCGCAGGCUGGCGGCCUGACCGCGCAUGCGCGGCACCCCCAACCCCCGUUUGAAAACAUGGCGCCGGAGUAUCUGUCAGUAACGGAGCGGUGGAUACGUCGGAAAGUUAGUCUUCAUCACAGCUGUUUAGCGGAUGUCAGGUCUUUGUGUUUACCGGGAAAUUACGAAGGGAAAAUCCGUCACCUAGGAAACUCCCUGAAGAACUUUGUACGCCUUAAAACUUUGGACCUCUCCCACAAUGCUCUGGUGUCUGUUGAGGGGAUUCAACAGCUCAAGAUGCUGGAGGUUCUGAAUCUGUAUUACAACAACAUUUCAUCCCUGAAAGAUGUUCUUUUGCUGUGCAAGCUGAAGGCCUUGAGGGAGCUGGAUUUGAGACUUAAUCCCGUAGUCAGGAGCACCCCAGACUACCGGCUCUACCUGGUGUACGCCUUGCCCAACCUCCGCAAGCUUGAUGACUGUCCGGUUAGAGACAGUGAAAGAAAGGCGUCCAUACUGCGUUUCCCCACGGAUGCCAUGUUUGACAACGGGCAAGCGGCUGCUUUUCCUCCAGGCAGAAGCCAGAGGAGCAGUCAGCCAAGGACAGCCUUAGUGAAUCGGAUGGUCGAGAAGCGCUUCUUCUUGGAUGACAACGAUGAAGCCGUGCUUAACCUUGUUACUAAGGGCAACCUGGAUCCGAGUGAACCUCUGAAAUCCUCCACCAAUAAGCAGCCAGAAUGCCAACUCUAUGAUUUAUUGGAGGAAUAUGGGAACUUCGGGAAAGAUGACUGUCAAAACCAUGCUGACAAUUUCCGAUAUCCGAAGCAGGAUUCUCCUAAAUUCAUUCUCCAUUAUUCUCCAGAAAUAAAAACCAAACACCAGUGUGCUACAGAGCCAAAGGUUACAGAUCUGGGUGAAGGUGGGUGUGUGUUAAGGACUGACAAGGGCCCAAGGGUCACCUUCAUUGAUCCUGUACGUGUGAGUCAAGAGCUGAACACCAGCAUAUCUGAGACCCGGGCCAGGAUAGCGGCUCGUGGGACCUUCACCCCAGUGCCUGCAGACCCCCCAUCCCGUGCCACCAUUCAAGGCGGCCGACCCUCACAAUGUCCCAGACCCUCUUCAGCUCCAGAAGGGAAGAGCGCAGAUCGACAGGAGUCCUUUAUCUUUGAUAGCAACUAUGGAAAACCUUUGGCUUCAUUGCUAGCCCUCGUGGAUCAGCACUGGGGGGGUGAGAGAUCGCUCAAGCGCAAUCACACAUUCCUGGUUGAAGCGGUUCGGAUCCUUUCGGGAAUGGAGCAGGUUGCCUCAGGCCCAGGGGAGGAAGAUAAAUCUCUGAAGGCAAACAUUAAGAACCUAAACACCCAACGGCAGAGAGAAGCAGAGGCGCAUCAGUCGGAGGUCCAGGGUCUUACCCGACAGCUGGAACAAGCUCGGAGCUCCAUAGAGGAAUUAAAUCAGCACCUUAAGGAGCUUUUGGAGGAGAACCUGUCUUUGCAGCGGCAGCUUAUUAAAUCAGAUCGGAGGCUCUUGGAGAGCCGGAUGGACAGAGUGCCGGGGGCUGUAGAGGAGAGGGGCACAGCUGCAGGUGUGAGGAGGGAGGUGGAGGAGCUGAAGGAGAGGCUCCAGCAGGCAGAGAAGGUGCAGGAGUUGGCUGACAUACUAAAGGAAAGCAACAGAUCUUUGUUGCAUAAUAAUAAAUGCCUUGUGGCGGAGCUAGAGGAGACCAGAACCCAGCACCGGGCGGCGCUGGAGCAGCUGGACCGGAGGUUCUGUGAGCUCAGCAGAACCGUCAGCUUGGUGCCCGAGACGUGCAAGAGGAAGACGUGAUCUCUCGGGUUCUUUCAAGUUUUUAACACUUUUUGUACAGUUUUCACCCUUUUUUAAAAUAUAUCUUCAGUUUAUAAUGCGUAUCCGUGGAUGGUGACGCGUUUUGUAAUACCGAACAGCGAACUAACUGCUAGGGAUGGUUGACUUUUUACGCAUAAGGCCUUUGUAGCAUAACCUGGGAUGGUGAGUCAUCUUUUCCCCUGUCAGUAGGUCCUGUAUGGUGUUUGGGUAACUUUACUGUCGCUCAUUUAUAACAGAAGCACUAUAGCACUAUAUCUUGGAAUCUGUUAUGUAUGUUACAGUACGAAGUGCUUGGGCCUGUUUACUUAGGCCUGCUGCUGUGUUUGAAUUGGGUCUCUGCGCUGCCUCACUCCCUCGCACCCGGGGAGCGUGAGCGCCUUUGCUCUCAUCCUGCUGCCAUUCCCUGGCAGGCCUGCAUGUAUUCCCCAGUCAAUAUGAGCGUUGUAUUCGCUCCUCCUCCGUCCAGCAUGUCAUACAGAUUGUCACGAACGCUACACUUUCCCCACAAAUAAUUCCUUAACAUAAGGUCAGUCCAGCACAGAAGCAUUUUCUUUCUUUAUUUUUUUUUGUUAAUUUCCACUUUUAUUAUUAUUAUUAUUUACCACUUGAAACAGGAGCAUAUGCAGAUACUAAAGAUUUACCUUUAUUGAAAGUAACAAUGUCAAAAAUCACAUUGCAUGCACCGGGCCAACACAGGUUUCAAAUUCAAAGACGUUAUUACAUUUCCUAAACAAAAGGUGCACAAUAUUUUGGUAUUAAACACACAAACCAGCAUCUAACACUUUGAAAUUAAUAGUGGAAAUAAGCUAAUUAAUGACAUACAGCAAAUGGGUGUAUGCCAGGCGUAUCACAGUCCGAAUAUAGACGCGAAUCACAUGUCCUACUUUACAGUGUUUCUUGGCAAAUAAUUAACUGAGGCAGUGCUUGAGUCACAUUUUACCCUGAUGCCAUGACAAUGGUUCUACGCUACACAACAGGUUAAAGAAAUGCUUACAGCCUGGUGUAAUAGCUUAAUACGUCAAAGUAGCUCACAGAUAAUUUCGUUUUAUAAGUUUAGAACGUCAGGUUCUGCAGACGUACAUCUGGUGUGAGUUUGAGGAGCCCUGCGUAUUCCACCCAGACCUUCCUUUGUACAAAAUAGUGCGGCACAUUUGGGAGUUUUGUGAUUUGAUGUCUUUCCACCCUUAAUUGCUGGUGGAAGGAAGCGAUUUCUCUGAGUAAAGCGGCCGAGGGUGAGACUGGGCCAAGAUUAAGCGUCACAAAAAUAUCUGUAGGACAAUUUACCGCAAUGAAAUCUAAAAUGCACAUACUUUACACUGCUGCUCAGGAAUCGAGAUGCAAUUACAUUGCAUUAUACAAUACACACAAAUAUAUAUUUAAAUAUCUAUAUAUAAAUAAACAUUCAGUAUGGUGUUGACACUAUCUGCCUGAUGUCUUGGUAGGUUUUGGUAGGAGAUUCAAUAGUCGAUUCCAACCCUGUCCUUAGACACCCCCCCCCCCCCCCCCGCCCCACACAGUCUGCGUUUUUGCUCCCUCCCAGAGCCCAGCAGGGCCUACAUUUCGGCACAGAGUCAAGAUGUGUAUGACCCUGGUACCUUUGGACAUGAGUGCAGCAUUUAUAAGUGAAUUAUAACUAGUGGUUAUCCUGCUGGCCCCCAGUGUCCAAACAUUGGUCUUGCUGUAUUGGCUUCAUGAAACACGAAGAGGGGAAUUCAACCCACUUAGAGUUAAGGGCAGAUAAACACCUGAGGGCUGAAGUUUUCACCUGAUGUCUUUGCGUUAUUCCUGCAAGCAUCAGGAUCAUGUUUGUUUAUCCUGAAUAUGCGGCGGGUCCACAUGCUACAGCAAAGUGCAAGAGGAUGCAGCUUAGACCCCAAAGCCUUUUAAAACAACAUUGAAUAGAAAUGGGAACUUCAUAGAAAUCUAAAGCAAGAGCAGAAAGUUCAGGCCUAAACUGGACAAGCGGUGCCACAGCGAACGACGUCACAAAUACCACAAAUAUCUUACACUUCCGACGACUUACUUGAGAAUCAGUUUUGAUUAAAGCCCAGAUAAUUAACAAGGGUUUCAGGAUUAGGAAGCCUGGAAGGGAGCCGUGACGACUGGCUCCUGAUGAACUGCUUGUGAUAUUAAUUACAAGAAUGACAACUGACAUGCACCUCAACAGAAGAAAAAGGUACGGAAGUUAAAAUACAGUACUGAUACCUUAUAAUGGUGAAUAGGAUCUGAGAUAAAAGGAUUUCAUCUUUAUAUGAUAUACAGAAAAUACAUACAAUCUUUCUGCUAAGAGAAAAAUAUAUUUUUGAUGAGACAACUAUCGUUGUUACUGAAUAACCUAAGGAGCUGAAUGAAAAAAUUUAAUAUUUAUGACACACUACAUUAAUCUAAAGGCAAACGGUUAAAUUUGUUCAAAAAAUAUGUCUGCUUAACUAAUCAGAAACUAAAAUGUUAGGCAAAGGGGAAAAACUGGGAAAGCAGAGAAUUCUGGUUGGCAUCAUUGAAUAAAUGAGAGUAUUUCAUCUUUAUGCAUAUCUGCAACACCGUUUUAAGAAGGAAGAAAUAAAUAAAAUUUAAAAGUGCAA